GAGUGAGUUCACAGCAAGUUUAAGGGCGUAAUAUGUGAAGAACGGGCACGCGUCCAAUAGCUAACAAAACAAUUAACACUCGGUUGUUUCAUUCCGCUCUUUUAACUAUUCAGUCACUCCCACUCGACCCAACUCCGAAACUCUUUUUCCUUUUUCUCUCCUCUUCCUCUCAGAAAACAAAUGAAAUCCUCGUUUUGCCUUUUGUUUUAAUUUAUUCACCAAAACCUAGGGGUUUUUUUUUUUUUUUUUUUAAUAUAUUUUUAAAGUUAGGUUAAGUGACAAAGUGACAACCACUAAUUUAAGAAGAGAAGAUAUUUCUCCUCUCUCUAUUUCUUUUAAAUGGGGGAGCCGCCGGAGGGUCAAUUAAACGGUGUCGUAUCAGGGGGAGGAGGGGGAGGAGCUGGAACCAUGUUGGUACCUUCAUCUGAGACCGUUGGAUCAAAGCGUCAGCGAAGGCCAAGCGUCAGAUUAGGUGAUAUUGGUGGUGACCUCCAUCACCACCAACCGUACGAUUCGCACGUUAGAAGAACCACCCUCGGCGCCACCACUACCACCGUCGCUAACUCCAACAAACAAUUCAAGCACCACCAUAUGACUGCUCUCGAUCACAAAAGAGAGGCAAGUAAGUCUUCGAAGACUCGAGCUUUAACCAAUUUAAGUGCGAAUUCUGGUGAAUUGACUGAAACACUAGAUGAAAAUCUUGAUAGUAUUGCAAGUGGGAGCUGGAAAGUAAAGGAUUCGAAGAAACGAGGAUCUGCGAAGAGGGUUAGGUCUAAUUGGGUAUCCAAAAACAAUGAAACCCUAGGGGAUAAAAAUAACAAUAACAACAGCAACGAUAAUGUUAAUAACCACUUUGAAGGAGAUGAAAAAUAUAGCGGAGGAGAUGAUAUGGAAGAUGGGUAUCGUGGCUUUGAUAUGGAAAACUCGGAGAGUCCUUUAAAAGAACACAGCCCUGUUCAUUCUCUCGAGAAUUUAGCGGUUGAUGGGCAUGAAAGGGAGGUUCUUUAUUACAAUAGGAGAGGAAUCUUCAGGGGUAAUAGGGAAGUGAAUGAUGGGGUGGAGUUGUCUGGGCCAUCCGAUAAUGAUGUAAGGGAUUGGAAUAGGGGUGGGAGUGAAGAUGGAGUGAGGAUUUGGUUGAAUAGUUUAGGGUUGGGGAGAUACGCACCAGUUUUUGAGAUACAUGAGGUAGAUGAUGAGGUAUUGCCAAUGUUGACAUUGGAGGAUUUAAAGGAUAUGGGGAUAAAUGCUGUGGGGUCGAGGAGGAAGAUGUAUUGCGCGAUACAGAAGCUGGGAAAAGGGUUUUCAUGAAGUUUUGGUUGGUGGGAUUGUAGUAUUUGAGGAAAUAUUUAGUUGUCAGCCAUGGCAAUGUAAGGUGCAAUGCAAUGUCUGAACUACUUUGAGCUUUUUAGGUUUUUAUUUCCUAAUGUGGUUCUAGUAGUAGUUUUUUUUUUUUGAAUAGUCGGCUCAUUUCUUAGUGGUUUUAAUUUUGCUCUAUAUAUAUGUUUUAAUCCAGUGCAAUUUUCUAGUAUAUAGUAUUAUGAUGGAUUUGCUGAAGUAGUUUUGGUUAUGAAUGCUUAUAAGUUUGGUCUAAUAUGAGGAAUAUAUCUAGUUUCAUAUGGUUUUUGGGGAGAAUGAAGAAAAGGAAUAUGCUUAAGAAGGGAGCUAAUAAAC